ACAUCCUGUACAAUUUUAUCGGCGCACUUAGAAGUCUGUGUGUUCGCCAGUAUCAUCACUAUAGUACGCUCAGUCGAGCUGUCAGGGGUGAACGUGGACGGCUCUUCUGUACCGAGGACCGAGGUGGCCAGGCAUGCGAUAAUCUUCCAACGCCAAAAAGGAUUCCUCCACUAUGGACACCACUCCUAGCAAUGUAACAAACACCACAGAACUGGGUGAAGACCAGUGUGCUCCAUACGUGGUAAUAGCAAUGGUUGCACAGCUCACAAUGCUGAUCCAGUUAAUUUUGCUUGGCAUUACAAUUUACUUCAAUCUUACAAAGCUAAAUCCAAAUUUACAAAUUGGAGAACAGAAAAGAAAUAGUGGAGUGCGGAAAAAGUUUAAAGGAAUAUUUUGUUUUCCCACUACAUGGUGUUCAUCUUCCUCCCAAGUUAUUUUGAUUCCAAACAGACACUCUUCUCAAGAUAACCAGCCAUCCAUUAAAGUAGAUCAAACUGAUGCACAGCUCAAUGAUUCUCCAGAGUCACAAACAAGUAUUGCACAAAAUAAGGAGGGUUCUCCAAUGCCUCCUAUUCCAGACAUUGAACUUCCUCCAACACCAUCCAAUGUGGAUGAACACUCUCGAUGCUCCUUUGGAUGUGCAGACGAGGACCAUGAAUAUGAUUACAUUGCGCUGCCCAUCAAUAAGAACCAACAACAACACAAGCCACCAAAGGAACAAGGAAGAGAGAGUAAGCCUUCUGACAAUAAUGUGUCUGAAAGAUCAUAUGGCACUUUAGAGUUCAUGCCACCACAGGCAGAAAGUAAAGAGAGAAAGAAAUUUGACAAUAAUGCACCAAAAUCAUUAUAUGACACUUUGGAGUUCAUACCACAGGCAGAAGGAAAAAAGAGAAAGAAAUCUGACAAUAAUGCACCAAAAUUAUUAUAUGACACUUUGGAGUUCAUGCCACCACAGGCAGAAGGUAAAGAGAGAAAGAAAUCUGACAAUAAUGCACCAAAAUCAUUAUAUAUAUAUGAUACUUUGGAGUUCAUGCCACCACAGGCAGAAGGUAAAGAGAGUAAGCAUUUUGACAACACUGCAUCUAAAAAUUUGUAUGAUAUUUCUGUGGACAAGUCACCAAAGGCAGAAGAGAAAGAGAAUAAGUGCUCUAACAAUAAUGAAUCUGAAAACUUGUAUGAUGAACUUGUGCCUAUUUCCAAAUAGAGUCAGUGAAAUGUUUACAUACCUACUUUACAGAAUGAAUAACAGAUACAUGUAUGAAGUAUGAACCACAUGGUGCUUUGAAAUGUCAAUAGCAGUAUGGAGCAAGGACAGCCUCCUUUGCUUAUACCAGCAUAGCAAAAUCAUACAAUGACUAAGAUGACGUAGUUUUAAAAUCACAAUAAGAAGGGCAGUGAAACUAAAUUAUUAAAUACAAUAUAGUACUAGACAAGGGCUGAAAAUAAAUCAUGAAAUACUUAGCUUACAAAGUAAAUGAAGAAAAUAAAUUACUAACAGGAUACAAUUUGUCAUUCAACAUUAAAAGACAGAAGACAAAGAAAAACAAAAAAUAAGACUUAAAGUUCAUUAUGACACUUGGGUAGAGAGGGUGAUAUAGGAUGAUUUACCAUAAUAUGUACUGUACAAUUCCUUUUAUAAGAACUUGUUCACAAGCAUGCUGUACUGGAUGUUGUAGGUGGUUCAUGAGAGAAAUAAUCAAGAGUUCCCAUGUUAAAUAAAACACAAAACAAAGUCACAUCAUUCAAUAUAUUUUGGUCUCUGCUUUAUAAUUCAAUAGUGUAUCUACAGGUGACACACACACACACACACACACACACACACACACACACACACACACACACACACACACACACACACACACACACACACAG